AUGACUAUACGGCUCUGGCCUCCUCCCAGGAUAUCUACACCUCUGCUUCCUCAGCCAGCAGUCACCAAGAUACCCACCCUGGGAAAAACCCAGAAGAUGGCAGCAAACACUCUCUGCAGUGAGGAGGAGGCUGAGCUGCCCAAACUGCCAGUGCCCCCCCUGCAGCACACUCUGACCACGUACCUGCGGGCCACGCAGCACCUGGUGCCAGAGGAGCAGUUCAGGAGGAGCCAGGCCAUCGUGCAGCAGUUUGGCGCCCCUGGUGGCCUUGGCGAGACCCUGCAGCAGAAGCUCCUGGAGCGGCAGGAGAAGACAGCCAACUGGGUGUCUGAGUACUGGCUGAAUGACAUGUAUCUCAACAACCGCCUGGCCCUGCCGGUCAACUCCAGCCCCGCUGUGGUCUUCUCCCGGCAGCACUUCCAGGACACCAAUGACCAGCUACGGUUCGCUGCCAACCUCAUCUCCGGGGUGCUCAACUACAAGGCCCUGCUGGACAGUCACUCCAUCCCCACUGACUAUGGCAAGGGCCAGCUGUCAGGGCAGCCGCUCUGUAUGAAGCAGUACUAUGGCCUCUUCUCCUCCUACCGCCUCCCCGGCCACACCCAGGACACGCUGGUGGCCCAGAGGAGCAGUGUCAUGCCUGAACCGGAGCACAUCAUUGUGGCCUGCUACAACCAGUUCUUCGUCUUGGAUGUUGUGACUAAUUUCCGGCGUCUCAGUGAGGGGGAUCUGUUCACACAGUUGAGAAAGAUAGUCAAAAUGGCUUCCAACGAGGACGAACGCUUGCCUCCCAUCGGCCUGCUGACAUCGGACGCGAGGAGCCAGUGGGCUGAGGCCAGGACAGUCCUCGUGAAAGACUCAACCAACCGGGACUCGCUGGACAUGAUCGAGCGCUGCGUCUGCCUGGUGUGCCUGGACACCCCGGGGGGCUCGGAGCUCAGCGACACCAACAGGGCGCUCCAGCUCCUCCAUGGUGGAGGCUGCAGCAAGAACGGGGCCAACCGCUGGUACGACAAGUCCCUGCAGUUCGUGGUGGGCCGCGACGGCACCUGCGGCGUGGUGUGUGAGCACUCCCCGUUCGACGGCAUCGUCCUGGUGCAGUGCCUGGAGCACCUGCUGGAGCACCUGAUGAGGAGCAGCAAGAAGCUGGUCCGCGCCGACUCGGUCAGUGAGCUGCCGGCCCCCCGGAGGCUGAGGUGGAAAUGCUCCCCGGUGAUCCAAGGCUUCUUAGCCUCCUCGGCAGAAAAACUGCAGCGAAUAGUACAGAAUCUCGACUUCAUUGUGUACAAGUUUGAUAGCUACGGGAAAACAUUCAUUAAGCAGCAGAAAUGCAGCCCCGACGCCUUUAUUCAGGUGGCCCUCCAGCUGGCCUUCUACAGGCUCCACGGCAGGCUCGCACCCACCUACGAGAGCGCAUCCAUUCGCCGAUUCCGGGAGGGACGGGUGGACAACAUUCGCUCGGCCACGCCAGAGGCGCUGAGUUUUGUGAAAGCCAUCACUGACCCCAAGGCUGCUGUGCCGGCCUCGGAGAAGCUGGUGCUCCUGAAGGAUGCCCUCCGCGCCCAGACCGAGUACACAGUCCUGGCCAUAACAGGGAUGGCCAUCGACAACCACCUGCUGGGGCUGCGGGAGCUGGCCCGGGACUUGUGCAAGGACCUGCCCGAGAUGUUCACGGAUGAAACAUACCUGAUGAGCAAUCAAUUUGUCCUCUCCACCAGCCAGGUGCCCACCACCACGGACAUGUUUUGCUGCUAUGGGCCUGUGGUGCCCAAUGGGUAUGGUGCCUGCUACAACCCCCAGCCCGAGAGCAUCCUUUUCUGCAUCUCUAGCUUCCACAGCUGCAAAGAGACCUCUUCGGCCAAGUUUGCAAAGGCUGUGGGAGAAAGCCUCGCUGCAAUGGGGGACCUCUGCAGCCCCCCGCCACCUGCGGCAGGCAAGCCCCUGGCCACAAAGGAAAAGGCGACAAGGGUCGGCCAGUGCCACCAACUGUGACUCCCGACACUUCACGUCACCUCCCAAACCUAGCAUUCUGCAGCUGCCAGACCCUGC